UGAGAUUGUCGUUUUUUUUGGAUUUUUCAAAAAGAUUGCGCGGAAAAUACUUUUCUAAUCCGAGCUUCUGAUACAGAGGUAGUAGAUAAUUCACACACAUGCGCACACAGAUCACAGAGGUGCGUGUUUUGUGAACAUGGCCAGUUCAUAGUCACAUUUAAGUAAUCCCUGCAAUACAAAACAAAUUUUGGGUGGCUAUAUCUAGUCAGAUUGCGAUAGACAAAUAGCGAUGCAAGAUAAGCAUUCAUCUAUAUUUUUGAGCUGAAAAAGAACGAAAAAAAUUUAAUUUGCAGGAAGAAUUUAAGUAAUGGGCUGCUGGUCUGCAGAAAAUGCCACUAAAGCUUACCUCCAAACCGUAAAAUUGGGAAUGAAUGCUAAGGAGCCAAGUGUAGGCGAGUUCGUGUCUGCAUUUGCUGCAGGAAACAAUGCACGACUGAUGGUAAUUGUCUGUGCCACUACAGCAGGGUGCACCGUGGCAGGCCUUGUUGCUGCAGCUUAUCAGACUGGGGGACGAGUGAUCUGCAUUGUGCGCGGUAACUCAGAACUUAAUUCCUCGAUCAAUGCACUUGGCUGCAAUGCUGGUCGAGUUGAGUUUGUCGUAGGGGAAGCUCAGAGUUUGUUGUCAGAGAAAUAUACAAACGCAGAUCUUGUGGUCAUAGACUGCAAAAUAGAGAACCAUGAAGGGAUAUUUAGAGCUGUGGAAGCAUCAGCUACAAGGAGUGAGCCUAAAGUUAAGAAAAUUGUGAUAGGUUAUAAUGUGUUUAUUUGUAAGGAUCCGUUGCGGUGGGGAGGCUCGAAAACACAAGUUUUGCCUAUUGGAGAAGGGUUGCUAAUCACAAGGAUAGAUGGAAAGAGUGAGGAGAAUAAGAAGAGAAGUCAUUGGAUUGUUAGAGUAGAUAAAUUUACAGGAGAAGAACAUGUAUUCAGGAUCAGAUCUCCUCGUAAAAGAGUUAAUAAGGCUUGAAAAGGAUACACACAUAACUCAGAUUUUGUUCACCGGAUUUGUUUCAAUUCAAGGGCAGAAGGACCGUUAGAAACUUGGGUAGGGAUUGAUGGUCAUGGCGUAAACAGAAAUAUUUAUGUGACCGAUUCCAUCCAAGUGAACCGAAUUGUAUUAACUGGUCCCGGUAUUUAUCACGGAGACACGAUGAAUUGAGAUCCGACCCAAAAGUUCUAAAAAUGAAUUAGAUCUACAUGUCUUACAAUUUUCAAAUAUGAAGGACUUGUAGUUUCAUCAUCAGAUCUCCUUGUAAAAAGGUUAUUUAGUACUAUUUGGUUGUUAAACCCUACAACUGAAGGCAGCUGACAUACGAAUGAUAAUAGCAAGUAGAAGAAAAUGCCGUGUAUACAUCAAAAAAUCUAGGAUUAAUAUGUUUAGUGUUUUUUUUCUACGUAUGCUACCAACAUACGUGUGUAA